AUGGACGCGGUUAAUGAUAAUAAGAGUAAAGAAUUAAAAGAACAAAAUUAUAAAUCUCAAUAUGAGAUAAAUAUGAAUCCAGAUGAAAAAUACAUAUAUCAACAGUAUCAAGCAUUUGCGAAAAGCGGAAAUAAUGUAGCACAAUACAACUUAGGACGCUGUUAUCAAUAUGCUAAAGCUUUCAAAACCGUUCUUUGUUGGACGGUAGCAGCUCUCAACAACAUAUCCGUAGCCCUACUAAUAGCGCGUUCAUUAGACGAUAUGUUGGUAUCUGAAACAAAGAAGCGCAGUAUCCCUCUCAUGUUUAUGAGUUUGACUCUAGGAUUGGGGUUGCAAAAGCCUUGCGACGUCUUGAUUGAAUAUACAGGUGUGAUUAUUAAAAUUGAUUGUUAUAAAUUCUAUUAUAUUCAUG